GGGACAGACGGACGGAGGGAGCCGGCGGAGAGGCACCGGCCCGCUGCGCUCGCCCGCCGCCGCUGCCCGUCGCCCCAUGGAGCUGUGCCCGGGGCCCGCGCCGCCCUCGGGAUGGGCUCUGCCGCUCCUCCUCGCCCUGGGCGCCGCCGGGCUCAGCCACGGCACCCCGCACCUGCCGUACUCGCGGCCGGGCUCCCGCAGCAAGAACUGGUGCGCCUACAUAGUGAACAAGAACGUGAGCUGCUCGGUGCUGGACGGGACGGAGAGCUACGUCCAGGCCCAGUACAAGUGCGCCUGGAACCAGUUCCCCUGCGAGCCCACCCUGGUAUACCGAACGAGUUUCAGACCUCGGUACACAGUUGCAUAUAAGACAGUGACAGAGCUGGAAUGGAGAUGUUGUCCUGGCUACAAAGGGGAGGACUGCAGGGAAGGACCUGCAGAAAAGCCAAACACUGCUCGUCGUCCCUCAACACCAGCCAGAGCUGCCGUGAAGAAAGGCACAGAUGCAGAACCAACAGGAGCACCGGAGCCUCCGCCAUAUGAGAAGAGAAUGCAGUUUCUUGAGGACGAGUUGUUUAGACUUACACGGUCUGUGAUUGAGCUCCAGUCCUCCGUGGCAGGUGUGAAUGAAAACCUGAAGCUGACUGUACAGGAAGAUGCCAGCAAGAUGUUGGUCACUUGGCUGAACAACCUUUACGACCGCCCGGAGCCUGACAGUGCAGUUGGGGCUGAAACAGACACUAUUCAGCUGCCAGGACUCCUCAACAAUAAAGAUCAAAAAGACCCUUUUAUUGAUUUUGAAAUGGAAGAUAUAAAAGCUGAGCUAGCUGAGGUGAAGGAAGCCUUGAAGAUGAGGAAUGAUGAGCUGGAGGAGCUGAAUGGAAAAGUAAAAGGAUAUGAAGGACAAUUGAAACAACUGCAGGAGGCAGCACAAGGACCUACAAUAACAAUGCCCCGUGACAAUAUAUAUCAGGACUAUAUAGACUCAAAAUUUGAGUCCCUCAGGCAAGAAAUAAUGGAAGGAUUUGAGAAGAAAAUGGCAGAUCUGAAGAACUCCUGUGACUAUAAAGUAGAGGAUAUUCAGCAGCAGUACGACGACAGUGAAAAUAACUGUGUAGGGAUAAUGGAUGUUAUAAGAGGAAAAGAGAAUGACUUGAGGAAAGAAAUAGAUACUCUCCGCAGUGAGAUUCCAUCAAACAACUCCAGCUGUUGCAAGAAGGGUGAGGGAAAUGACUUUGUCCAACAGAUGAAAGAUUUAGAUAAGAAGAUUGACAGAAUUGUGGAAGCACAGAGGAUCUUGAAUGUCAGAAUAGAUAAUGAAAUCAUUCGAUUGUCGACUCCAGAUCUAGAAGAUGUGUUGGGUGAGAGGCUGGAGGAGCUGGAUGCAAGGAUGAAUAUUACAGAAAGAAAUGCUGAAGAACACUGUUUUUACGUUGAGGAGACUCUCCGUGGUGCUAUCGCUGCUGAGGUGGAUGAACUGAGGGAUUUGUUUGACCAAAAGCUGCGGGCGCUGGAGGUCAGGCUAGGCGGGACUAUUUUGGAGAUUGCCAACACCACGGACCCGGAUGGAAUGUUUGCUAAUCCUGGGCCUAUCUUGCCCAGCGAUGCAGGAUUUGCAAAUGAGCAGUUUGCAGCAGAGAUGAAUUUUGUGAAGGACAAGCUGCUGUCGCUUGAGCAGCUCUGUGGGCAGAAAUGUCAGGCUGCACCACGAGGCACCCAGGACCUUCAGAAACAGGUAGAAGAUUGUAAUGACAAGUACAAUCAAUUGCUCUUGAAAACAGAGAAUAAUUCUGUUGUCUUGAGGUCUCUAAAUAGCUCUCUUAAUGAGAAACUCAACUUAGUUAAGGGUAACCAACGUGACAUCCAGAAAAUGCAGAGAGAUGUACGUGUAUUCCGAUACAAUCUAAAUGCCAUUGAUAAGGAUAUGAAAAAUCUUCAAGAUGGCCUGAGUAGCUGCAGGGAGCAGCUUCUGGGUGUCAAUUCGACAUGCAGAAAAACACAAAGAGGUGUCUUCCGAAAAAUUGAUCAAAUGCAGAGGACAUUUGCAAAUCAAACUGCUCAUUCCAGUGAGAAUUGUUGUGGAGAAGUGAAAGACAGACUAGAACAAUUGAAUGACCAUGUCCUGAAUGAUCUUAGCAAGUGCAAAGAAAAGACCCAGGGGGUCCAGGAGGAUGUUUCAGAUGUUGAGAGCAGAGUCUCACAUAUUGAAAAAGUCUGUGGCAAGCUGGACUCUGUUUCAGACAGCUUGCAGAAUAUAAAAGAGGGUCUGAAUAAGCACGUGAGCAGCUUAUGGAACUGUAUCCGUGAAAUGAAUGGAACUAUAGCAUCGCAUUCCACUGAUAUUUCUGACCUCAAAAGCUCUGUCCAACAGUUUCAUAGUCAGGUUUCCAAAAUCACUGCAGACAUUGAAGGCGUGCUGAAAUCUCAACCUGACACAAGGCGACCAGAAGUCCCGCAGCAUCCCUUGCCACCGAGGCCACCCGUGCAGCCCCAGCCUGGCAUUUCCCUGCUGCCGUCCCGGCCCAGGAUGCAUCCCCCCCGGCACAGGAUCCCCCUCCUCCCACCACAGCUGAGGCCUCCCCCUCGCCCAGCUCUGCCAGGGUCAGCAGUGGUGCCACUUCUGCCUGGAACAACCGGCAUCAUCCUGGAGACGGGGGAGGCAGGGCCUCCUGGCACGGUUCUGAUGUCUGGCAGAGGGCGCCUGAGGAGUGCGGAUGGCCAGGCCGGCCAGAGCACCAUGCCCAUUGCGGAAGGGUACGCUGGAGCACCAGGAUAUCCAAAGCCACCUCAUUCUGCCACGGAUUCACAAGGCCCUGCCACUGCUGCUGUGCCCUCCCUGGUGUCAUUUUCUGCUGGGCUCACACAGAAGCCUUUCUCCAGUGAUGUCGGCGUGGUUCACUUCAACAAAGUGCUUGUGAAUGACGGGGACUACUAUAACCCCAAUACAGGCAUUUUCACGUCGCCGUACGAAGGGCGCUACCUGAUCACGGCCGUGCUGGCCCCGGAGAGGGACGAGUACGUGGAAGCGGUGCUGUCCGUCUCCAACGCCAGCGUGGCUCAGCUCCACACCGCUGGCUACAGAAGGGAACUGCUGGAGUAUCACAAACCCUACUCAGGGAAACAGACCUGUGGUGGUCCUGGGACGUUCCACCUUGUUCUUCACCUCAAAGCAGGAGACGAAGUGAACGUUGUCGUAACGGGAGGCAAACUGGCCUACACAGACUCUGACGAAAUGUACUCUACGUUUAGUGGAGUUCUCCUUUAUCCUUCCAUUUCUCAUGUUUAGGUUUACCUUGAACAGGGGAGAAGGGUAAGAUAUUCAGAAGAAAUUAAGUGUAAUAAAAUUCAAAGCUUUAAUAUAUUCAGUUUAUAUAUUUGAUUUCAGUCAUGGGUUUAUAGUCUGUGGGGAAACACUUUCCUUGUCCCUUGUUUCCAGAGACAGCUACAAAAGACACAUUUCUGUAGCUAAAUGAACUCCUUCCCAAGCCCUUUACCUGUACAAGCAGAACAACUGUUUAAACAACAGUUUAAACAUAUGUAUAUGUUCUCAAUAGAUACUUCUGCACUGUGCUCCAGCUAUUCCCUAGUCAAUUGCCUUUGCAAUCUUUUCCCUAGUUUUUCAAAUUGUCCCUAGUGUAUCAAAGUUUACAUCUCUGCUCAAGUUUACAGUUGUGGUCAGCUGUUUUCAUGUUUUCAGUAAAGCAGAGCCAAGAAAGUGAAAUUGUAGUGGAUAUGGUUGACAACUUUUUAUUUCUUGUAUUAUUUAGUAAUGUGCAUUGGCAUAAUCAGUUUGUUCCGUGCAAUUGCAAACUGUGGUGGUGCAAAGCAAAAUGAUAUUCACCUGCACCAGUUUUCUUUCUUGCCUUUAAGGGCCAAACACUGUGCUAGGAGACAAGGUGAGUGACUCAGUCAGGUGGAAGCAGCAGCACAGGGAGAAACUUGCCUCAGCUUUCCGCUGGGAAGGUGUUAUAUAUGAACGCAAGGUGCAGUUGCUACUACUGAAAGAUGCAGAACAGUUAUUGUCUAUUUAUGGAGUAAAAAGAUGAUUGGUUAUUCAUGACACUCUUGAGAUUAAAGCUUGCUGCUGGAAAUUAAUAAAACAGGUCAGAAAAAUCAGAAUCAACUUUGCUUAGCUAGAAGAGUGGUGAUUUUGAAAAAUUUUAAAAAUUUUACAGGGCCUGUUUCUGGCAGUCCAGCAGUGUUUACAUUAGAAGGGAAGUUUUUGGUGCAUAAGACAAAUCAGAGAAAAAAUGGGUAAUAAAGGAAAAUAAUGUUAUUAGUCAAUAUAGUCAAAUGCACAAACCAAUGCUCUGCCAGAGUUGUUGUGACAGCCUCCUGCAGCAGUGCUUUUGAGUGAGGUUUGUUUUAACACUCAGCAUCUGUUUCUAUGGAUCAAGCAGCCUUCUUAGCUUAAACAGAUAAGCGCAUCUGAGGCAGCAGUAUUUUAUUUUGCACACUAGCCACUUCUCAGUGGAGAUAAUAAAAAUGAUGCUUUGGCUCUUAGGACUUAGCAUUUUAAUCACUUCCGUGGCUGAAAAGAAAUCCAGCCAUGUUUAACUGAGAGCAGGUCUGUAUAUUCAUUUUUCACAUGUACAUAUAUUUGUCACCUGUACAUUCUUUAUAUCAACUGACCUUUUUAGU